AUGGGCAAGAAGAAGAGGGGGACUGCGAGGACCUCGAAGAGGAGACCUGGGCGACCGCGCAAAGUGCCCGCCGAGGAGGAGGAAAACGGAGAGUACGAAGUCAAGGUCCUCCGCACGAGGGUGGUGAACGGGGUGGAGGAGUCGCGCGUGCACUGGGUAGGUUGGGGCUCGCAGUACGACGAGUGGAAGCCCUCGUCCGAAAUCAACCUGCACCAGGAGGAGGAGGAUAAAGAAGCCGCCGACGUUACGAAGAAGAGGAAGAAGGUGAAGGUGAAGGAGGAAGAGAAGGAGGACGGGGAAGAAGAAGAGGGAGAGAAGGAGAAGGAAAAGGCGAAGGAGGACGGUGCACAGGUUCUCGUUGCCGACAGCCAGAACGAAAGGGAGCAGGAGGAAAAGGGAAGGAAAGCGAAGAAGAGGGCGCGAUCGCGGAAGGGAAAGGAGAAGGCCGCGGACGAUGAAGAAGAGGAGGAAGAGGAAGAGGAAGACGAUGACGACAAGGACAAGGACUACGAGGACGGGAACAAGAAGAAACAAAAGAAGAAGAGGAAGAGCUUGAAGAGAAAAGAAGUUGAAGAAGAAGAAGAUGAUGAUGAAGACGACGAAGAGGAGAGGCCGCGCAAGAUGAUGUGGACGGCCAAGGAGCUGGCUCAGCUGGAAGAGGCCGCGGAGGAGGCCAGCAUGCCGGGCGCAGUGUCGUGGGUGCAGGUCGCCGCCCAGUUGGGCAAUCGCACGCCCAAAUGGCAGCGAUUGCAGACUUGCCACGCGUAUUACAAGUCGCCCAAAGAGCUGAAGCAGAGAGAGAAAAUGAUCAACGAGAGCCGCCUGCGCCCCUGGACGGAAGCCGAGGAGACCAGGCUCAUGAAGGAGGUCGCCAAGCAGGGACUGCACUACGACAGCGACUUGUGGAUGGCACUGGAAUCGAAGUUCAAGAGGUCCGCCGGGGCGUUGCAGCUGCGCUGGUCCGAGCUGCACGACAAGCGAGGCGGCGCCGUCGACCUCGACAGCGAGGCCGCGAGCGACUUUGACGAUGACGACAACGAAAAGCAAAAGAAAAAGCAAAAGGAAAAGGAAAAGAAGAAGGAAAAGAAGGAGACGCGACGAAGGCUCGCCUUCCAGUCGAGUCAGGAGGCCGACGCCUCCCAGGGCGGAAGUGAUCGCGAGCCGGCAGCAGCCGCAGAAGGGGAGCAGGAGCCAGAACAAGAGCCAGAGCCAAAUCGAGCACGAGCAGCCAAGAAGGGGCGCGGUGGCGGCGAGGAGGAGAACAGCGAAGGCGAUGACGCGGAGAAGGGCAGCGGGGGCAAGGCUGGCGAAGUGCAGAGCACCAGCCAGCAGAGCGCGACGAGCUACCGCCGCAAGCAGCGCCGGCCAGGCUCGAGCGGCAGCGGCCAGCGGAAGAGCUACGCGCUGUCCCGCGUGGC